AUGUCUUCAGUUAUUGCUUCUAACAUUCCAUCUAAAACUACUCCUGCUCAAGUUAAAGAGUUUUUCGAAUCGCAAGCUGGUGAAGUAUCUGAUUUGAUUCCAUUAGCUGAUAAUGGUAAGGUUCAAAAAUUCGAAGUCUUGUUUAAAGAUCGCAAGUCAGUCUCUACUGCUUUGGACUUGAGUGAAGCCUACAUUGAUGAAGUUGCCAUCAGAGUUAAUGAAGUUCCAGAAUUGACUGAUGGUCAAGUAGGCAAAGCUCCGCAACAGUAG